AUGCGUCCGGAGCUGCUCUCCAACGCUCGGCUCUGGGCCACGGCUAGCACCACCACCCGUCCUGCUGAGCAAGCCACCGUCCCAGCCACCGCCGGGAGCGAAUCUGGCCUCCGGCUCGCCCGCUUUGCCGGCAGCGCUUUCGCGGCGCUCGGCUCUACAUCGCAGGCAAAGGCGGCUGCCAAGACCGGACGGCUCGCUGUCAACGGGCAACUUGCGGAGCCCGCUCGUCUGCUCGUGGCUGGCGACGAGGUGACUCUCUCGGGCGGUCGGGCACUGCCCUCAGCGCUGCAAGACCCGAAACAGGUUGCGGCGCGUGCGGCGGCGCUCGAGCACGACGGCUUCCGCAUCUGGUUUGAGGACGACGAGCUGGCUGUGGUGCACAAGCCAGCGGGCGUGCACUCGAAGCCGUACCGAGGCGCGAGACACCUCGAGGCGGCGCUGCCGGCGCUGCUCGGCCCUCCGUGCCGCUCGACCGUUGACGCCCUCCCCGCGCCGUCUGCUGUCCACCGGCUCGACUGCCGCGUCUGCGGGCUGAUUCUGGUGGCGAAGACGCGGGGCGCCGCCGCCUUCCUCGCGGGGGAGCUGGCUGCGCGCAGAGUCACGAAGAGGUACCGUGCUCUGCUGGCCGGAGGGAUCGGAGGCGGCGGCGACCCUUUCGAGGUGAGAGAGGCCGUGGGCGGGAGGCCGUCUCUCUCCAUCUUCAAAAGCAUCGAGGCGACGCCGCACUUGCAGCUCGGCCAACUCACCACAGCCGACCUCGAGCCGCGCACUGGCCGCCGCCACCAGCUGAGGUUGCACGCCGCCGCCCUCGGCGCCCCGAUCCUGGGCGACGACUUGUACGGUGCUCCGUCGGGAGGCGGGGCCGGCGCCUCCCUCUACUUGCAGUCCACCGAGGUCCGCGUCGCCCACCCGUCCGGAGGCAGGGCAGCGGCGGUGCACGUGACAGCACCCGAGGCGGCGCGGUUCGCGAGGCGGCGGGAGCGGGCUCGCAUGGGCUGGGAGUGGGAGAGGCGGCACGGCGGCCGCCGCGCCGGCGACAUUCGGAUGGCCGCCGCUGUCGACGCGAGGCACCAGAGGCGACACGGCCACCCUUUGGGCACGGCUGAGGCGCUGGCGGCGCUGGACUUGCUGUCGCUGCUGCCGGGGCAGGCGCUGCAGUUGCUGCGCACCGCCCGCAUCGCAGAUCUCCCCGCCGCCUGCGCGAGAGCGCUGGAGAGGCCCCGCCGCUGGUGCUCGUACAAGAAGGCGCUGUGUGACUGCGCGGCCCUCCCGCCCCCCUCCGAGCCCGCGCCGCCGCCUCGCCUGCUCUCGCUCGACUGCGAGUUCAAGCCGCUUCGGGCGGCGGCGGUCGACGAGCAGCUGCGGGUGCGACUCGACUGCGUCGUCCUCGACGCGUCUAGCUUCCCGAUGCUGCCUGGCGUGCUUGCGUGCGACCGGCCCCUCCUCGAGAAGGCGAUGCCCGCCGAGGCCAGGAGGCGGGGCCGGCGUUUCGGCGCGGCGGUGUCCCUCAGCGACAUGGCGCGCGAGCGGCUUGGGGAGGAGAUGCGGGGUGGCGUCGGCCGCCACUGCGCCAUCCAGGACGCAGAGGUUGCGAUGCGGCUGCACUUGCUGGUCAGCGCAGAGUAA